AUGAAAACCAUCGUGUUAUUGGUCGCCGCUGUUGCGGCGCUGAUUCCAGCGGAAGCAGUCAGCAUCUCUCAGAGAGGACUAGAUGAAGUAGUCAGCUCAGUGUGGUCUCCAGUAGACCCUAUAGGACAGGAAGUGCCAGAUGUUGCUAUCUCUGUGGCCAGAAAGAAGCGUGCUCUUUUCCUAAUCAGUAAAAUUAUCAACAAAGGUGUAAAAGACUUGAACAAAGUUGUAGACAGUUUGCAAGACGUAACAAACAAAGUUGUUGAUACUACGCAAGAUGUAGUGAAAGAUAUAUUAGGAAUAAAUAAAGAUAAGCCUGCUCAGGAGAAACCUGCUGUUGAGGAACCUGCUGUAGAGGAACCUGCUGAAGAGGAACCUGCUGUUGAAGAGCCUGCUGAAGAGGAACCUGCCGUUGAAGAGCCUGCUGAGGAGGAACCUGCUGUAGAGGAACCUGCUGAGGAGGAACCUGCUGUAGAGGAACCUGCUGAGGAGGAACCUGCUGUAGAGGAACCUGCUGAGGAGGAACCUGCUGUAGAGGAACCUGCUGAGGAGGAACCUGCUGUAGAGGAACCUGCUGAGGAGGAACCUGCUGUUGAGGAGCCUGCUGAGGAGGAACCUGCUGUAGAGGAACCUGCUGAGGAGGAACCUGCUGUAGAGGAACCUGCUGAGGAGGAACCUGCUGUAGAGGAACCUGCUGAGGAGGAACCUGCUGUAGAGGAACCUGCUGAGGAGGAACCUGCUGUUGAGGAGCCUGCUGAGGAGGAACCUGCUGUAGAGGAACCCGCUGAAGAGGAACCUGCUGUUGAGGAGCCUGCUGAGGAGGAACCUGCUGUAGAGGAACCUGCUGAGGAGGAACCUGCUGUUGAGGAGCCUGCUGAGGAGGAACCUGCUGUAGAGGAACCUGCUGAGGAGGAACCUGCUGUUGAGGAGCCUGCUGAGGAGGAACCUGCUGUAGAGGAACCUGCUGAGGAGGAGCCUGCUGAAGAGGAACCUGCUGUUGAGGAGCCUGCUGAAGAGGAACCUGCUGUUGAAGAAGCUGCUGAUGCCGAUGCAUCUGCUGAUAGUGAAUCUUCUGCAUCUUCUGAUGGUGAAUCUGCUGAUGCCGAGGCAUCUUCUGAUAGUGAAUCUGCUGAUGCCGAGGCAUCUUCUGAUAGUGAAUCUGCUGAUGCCGAGGCAUCUUCUGAUAGUGAAUCUGCUGAUUCCGAAGCAUCUGCUGAUGUUGAAGAAUCUACUUCUUAA